CGGCGUACAUCCAUUCUAACUAGGAGGCUGCAAUUCUUUCCCAUCGACACCUCCUCAACCAUUCUUCCAGUUGUCCUUCCUUACCACUUUUUUUCUUUCUAAAUUGCACUAAUCCCACAGCGUCUUUCAGAUUGUUCCCUUGGGAAGGACUAUAUGGCCGGCCGAUUGAGCUAGAUACACAACCCCAAUCUUCCUGGUUCAAUCUUUUAGGUCGAAUCCAAGUCGAUUACCGCUUCGCGACUUUGGAGUUUUUGCGAUCGCGUCCAUCAACUCGAGUCAACAACGCCUUCCAACAUGGCGGAGACGGAGAACUUUGAGGAUGACCUCUUUGCUGAUUUAUACGACGACAACGAUGCUUCCGCCGCGCCGCCGCCGCCAGUAGCAGCUCCGGCAGUGCAAGCCCCUACCGCUCCUAUCCCCACUCCUACGCCCCAGAACAUUCAACAAUCCGUAGAGGAACCCAGCCAUCACGAUAUCGACCAGGCACAUAGCGAAAUGGCCUACGCAGCUGAGGAGAACGGCUAUAGUGAAGAAUAUCAAGAUGAGAACUACGAGGAUGACGAUGAUGUGGAUUUCAACUUAGGCAAUGGCCCGAGUGGUGCCGUCACUGUUGCGCAACCUCAACAAGAUGAUUCGGCUUCUGCAUACCAUGCUGCUAGAGGUGCUAGUGCUAAGGAGGACGGGUAAGUAGAUCCGUUUAGAUUUGUUUGUUUCCAUUAGUUACAUGGCUCUUUAGAGCCUUGUUACAUCUUGCCAAUGCCUGAAAGCCAUAUCAGACAAUAUUUCGAGCAUAUUAUGAUGCUCGAAACGUUUGAAUUGGGAAAUGAUUCCCCAUUAGACAUUUGACAAUCAAAAGGACAUACGCUUGAGUAUCCUAGGGCCUUUUUGCCGGGAGGACAUUGGUGGGCAAGAGAACUGGGUUUCUAUCUCGCUAGCUGUCUCCGAAGGGAAAAUCUAGUAAUGGACUUGCCAAGUCGGUCAAUAUUCUCAGAUACAUAGCCGGAGGGGAGCACACCAGUCGUCCAGAUCUCAAGAGGUGCAUCGCGGGAAAGAAAUAGUGGGUGAAGACUAAGGAGGAAUCCUAAGGAGGAAUCACUCUACCUUUUUUUAAGAGAAAAACCAGCGAUAAAAGUUCGGCCAUAGUCAGUACAAAAACACUUACUGCCUUCCGUAGCCACUCGUCAGAAAUAGGCUCAUAAAGCUCAAAAGGGACUAUUACUCUGGAAGGCUGUAACAAGAAAUUUG